GCUAUAUGACCAAUCAGAAGUUAUCUAAACUUGAAGUUAGACUAAACACAGCACAUGAGUAAACAGCUGCCUAAAAGUAAAAGUAUUCCUGCGAUAUUGCGGCUUUAAAUAAUGGAAAAAAAUUUUAUUAUGGACGAGAAUGAACUUUAUACAUUUUUGAAUAAUCUGCGAAAAUCUAAACUAAAGGGCGAACUGGACACUGAGGAGAAAUUGGCGCAGCAGAGUGUCAAAUGGCGAAAUACCUUGGAAUACAGUGAUUUAGUCACGUAUGCUACACAUUAUAGCAAGAAAUGCAGACUGGAGAUGCUGGCACUCUUAGUGGAAUCAAAGAAAAGCACGUCAAGCUUUACAGUAAUGGAACUUCAUUUAAUUCUGUUAUUUUUAUCUAAUAAUUUGUGUGAGAAGAUGGAAUAUAUGCCCUUUAUUAAAAAGGCUUUAAAACGGUUGAAAGAUAGUUAUGCUGUUACAGAAAGACAAUUUUUGCAAGCACUAAAAAAAAAAGAAUGUUACGAAAAGCAAAAUUUAAUUUCCAAAAUGUAUGAAGACAAUCAUUUGGAUGUAGCUCAUAAAGAAUCUGAGCAAAUUGAAUAUAAUACGAGGACAAAUUACGAAUAUUUUAUGUUGAACUUGCGUCGACUUUGCGUGUUCAAUCUGUAUCCAGAAGCAACAUAUGAUCACAAACGUUCCUGCUUGCAGAUACUUUUACUAAUGCAAAAUCUCAUGCCUGAUAAAUUCAAAAAUUUGAAAUGGGAGAAAGACAAAGUAGAAGUGAUAUUGUAUUGUUUAAUGGCAGAUACGUACGAACCCAAUAAGGAAAUGGCAUAUCAGAUAAUCAGUUCGAUCAGUCCAGAAUUGUUAAGCUUAGAUUCAAAACCCUGGAUUCAUUCAAUUAUGAAAGCUGCUUUUAAAUUUGGUAACAGCGUUCGACCUAUUGACAGUAUUACGGCUGCAUAUUUGUUUAAAAUAGCCAAAUUAUCUCCUAUUAUAAGAAAUUUUUGCGAUCACUAUAAUGUAGACAAGGUUCCAGAAGCGAUAACAUUGCAAUUAAUUGUACUUCUAUAUGAAGAAUUACGAGGAGUAUUAACUUCAGCAAAAGAAAACCUAGGAAUAGCAAUUAGUAAAAAUUCUUUAUAUGGAUAUUUAUUCUGCAUUAGAAGUUUGCUUUCAGAUUACGAUAUAAGAGCCACAGAAGGAAACGAAUUAUGGCAAAAUACUGUAGCUGAUAUUAUAAUAUUGUGCUUUGAACUAAAUCGUACUGUUUCUGUGGUAGUAAAUAAUUCCUCACCAGAAGGACAUUUACCAAUGGACUUGGAAACACUAAAUUUAAAUGCAUCAUUUUACAUGAAUGAAAUUCUAACACCACAAAUGGUACUACUUUGUUCUUGGCGUACUGUUAAAGAAGUCAGUCUGUUGUUUGGUUUACUUGCUACUAAGGCAUCGAUACAAACUGCUGAAUCUCCAAAUGGAUUAUUAACAGUAAAACAAAUUGAGAAUAUAAUGAAACAUUUAGUUUCGUUACUGUGUGAAACGAAACAUAGAGGUGCAUUUGAACAAGCGUAUGUUGGUUUUCAUCAAUUAUGCACGCGAUUAUGGCGUUUAACAGACAAGUCUUUAAAUAGGCUUCCUAUGUUUUGGUUGUACAGUAUCUUAGCGCAUUUUACGGGAUUCGCUUCAGGAUAUACAUUAUGCGCAACAAGAAGAAGUGCGGGUAUUCCAUUUAUGAUACAGGCAGUUUUAUCCUCAGAACCAAAAAUCCAGAAUAGUUCAGAAACAUUUGCAUCUUGGAUUAUGACGGUUUUAUUACAAUUUGCGCAGAUUAAGUGCACAGAUUCUUUACAUCAGUCAAUGAUGGUCGUAAUGCACGGACAUCCAAUAUUCUCUAAAUCCGAGUUUUUAAUUUUAUUUGAACAGAUAGAAGAAAAGUGUAAGAAAAUGACUGAUCAUGACUUGAUCGAGAUAAAAAUUCAUUCUAUGAAUAUUCUUAGAGCUUUAUUUAGACAUUCUCAACUCGGAGACAUAACUAAGAAUCAUAUUAUGAAUGCUUUGAUGGUUGCCUGUAAGAAUUAUGAAGGUGCAAAAUGGUCGGAACGUAAUGCGGCUACGUUAUUGUUCAGCACACUUAUAGUACGAAUUUUUGGUGUUCAAAGAACCAAGGAUCACAUCAAUUUGACAACGGAUAACAAAAUGACAGCGAGAAUAUUUUUUGAAAGAUAUCCCAAUCUAUUUCAUUUUAUUUUACAUGAAUUGCGAACUGCAUCGGAUAAAGAAAAAGUCAUGAUAAGAUCCAACGAGCAAGUAAUUUUAUUGCUGCUGUCACGAUUGUAUAUUAAUUGCCAUUUUGACAUCGAUAUUACUUGGAUAAAUGAAAUUGUUAAUUUGGUAUCAGAACGUGGUAAAAGCCCCGUAUAUAAAACACGUGAACUUGCAGCUAGAGCAUUGGUGCCAUUAUUAGCAGAUAGUACAGCCUACAACUUCUUAAAAAAGUUAUUUGUAAUUUUAUGUACAGUACGAUAUAAUCCAAUUUCUACAAAUCUCACACAUGGCUAUUUGCUACAGAUAUUAGAGAUUUUGACGAGAUUGCCAUCCGUCCACAUACAGCUAUUAAAAUCUGAUGUCACAAAUUUUGUACGCGCAACAGAUUGGAUAUUGAAAGGAUUAGAAAAAGAAACUAAUACGUUCAGUUGUUUUCCCAUAGCUAGUGUAUACAUUGACAUUCUUCAUUGUUUAGAUGAAAAUAUGAUUGAAAGUUGUGAUAUAGAGGAUAUUUUAUAUAUCCUGCAAAAGCACUUAGUCGACGAAGAUCUAUUAAAACGAGGACCGUGCGAACAAAUGUAUAAAGUAUCUGCCAUCAAAUUUAUACUUCGUAUGGAGAAUUCAAAGUUUCUGCAGACGGUGCACAAUGGACAAAGUAUAGCAUUCAACAUAUAUUCGCAUCUUUUGGUCAUUCCAGAAGCUGAGAUACAGAGCGUUGCUUGGACUACUGUUUUGGAAGUAAUAAAGGCGGAAUCUUAUCAGCAAGGAAAAUUAUUGAGUGCUUUUGCUCUUCGCACAAUUGCCGAUAUUGCUGAUGAUUUAUAUAAAUUUAAUCCAAAUUUACAAGAUGCGAUUUUUUAUUUCUUAUAUAACAGCCUGACGGACAAAGAUGGAUGUUAUGUCAUCGACAAACGUGAAAUUUGUAAUUUGGUUUUUAAGAAACUGUAUCUAAAUGAUGCAAACAAUAUCUAUGAUCAACGUGCUAAUUAUUUGAUAUUGUUAGGAAAAUGUAUGACAACAUUAACUCACGAAUUGAAGGAUAAAGAGCUCAGGAUAGAACACAUAGAAGACAUUUAUAGAAAAAUCUGUGACAAUAGAUGGAUUGGUUUGUUAAUUAAAGAUUCCAGAUUAUCAGUUUUCGAUAUAUUGUAUGAACUUUUUGAAAAGGACAUCGUUAUCGAACAUUGCCAUCCCGUAUUGGAUUGGUGGACAAUGUUAUUGCAAUUAUUAGUCGAUGACAACGCGAACGUUCGGCACGAUGCGUCUAAAGUAAUUUGUAAGCUUGAACCGUGCAACAAAUUGGAAUGUUUCAAACAAACUUUGUUGGUAUUCUUCUACAAGUUUAAAAAAAUGGUCGCUGAUAAAUAUCCGAAAAUAGCAAUAGGCGUCCUUUUCUGCUGGAGUGUCUCAUUGUUAGGAGAUAUGAAUUAUGAAAUGGACGAUAACGAAGUUUUCAACAAAUGUAGAAAUUACAGUAUCUUCGAUCCUAAGGAAAUAUCAGAUCUGUGCUUCAAGUUAACGAAAUCGAUAACUCAACAAUAUUCCAUUAAUAAUAUCAAUUUUAAGUUACCACCGGAUGUUGUAAGAUGGAUAAGUUACCGUUUAGAUAUCGAUUUUCCUGCAUUGUCAUCUUUUAAACAAAUUAUAUAUAAUUAUCAAAACAACCUGCCGAUAACCGAAGAGAUAUUGAAAGAUACAAGAUUCAGGGGUAAACCAUUCCAAUCUUUUGCAUGUAAAAAAUACAUGUCGUUAUAA